GAAAGAACAGUUAUCAUGCCUUUUGGUUUGGUGGCGGCGUGGAACAAGCGACGAAGAAGCAGGUCUGAGGAUCAGCUAAAUCCUUGGAUAUAUAAAUCUGUGGAGUGUUGGAAAAUUGAAGACCAGAAUCCACCUGCAAAAAGACACCAUGGAUCAUCAGUUUUCACACUCAAAGAAAUGGAGGCGGCAACAAAUUAUUUCAGUGAUGACAAUCUACUUGGGAAAGGAGGAUUCGGUCGAGUUUAUAAGGGCACACUGCGGUCUGGUGAGAUUGUAGCAAUCAAGAAAAUGGAUCUACCUUCAUUCAAAGAGGCAGAAGGAGAGCGUGAGUUUCGUGUGGAAGUCGAUAUUUUGAGCAGACUGGAUCAUCCCCAUCUUGUACAACUAAUAGGCUAUUGUGCAGAUGGGAAGCACAGAUUUCUAGUUUAUGAGUAUAUGCACAAGGGAAAUCUUCAAGAUCAUUUAAAUGGAAUUGGAGAAGUGAAGAUGGAUUGGCCCUUAAGGCUAAAGGUAGCUAUUGGGGCAGCAAGAGGACUUGCAUAUCUUCAUUCAAGUUCAGCUGUUGGGAUUCCUAUAAUACAUAGGGACUUCAAAUCCACCAACAUUCUUUUGAACACUAAUUAUGAAGCAAAGAUAUCUGAUUUUGGUCUUGCAAAGUUGAUGCCGGAAGGCCAGGAAACAUGCAUGACAUCUAGGGUACUUGGUACUUUUGGCUAUUUUGACCCUGAAUACACACUGACGGGAAAACUCACUUUACAAAGUGAUGUUUACGCAUUUGGUGUUGUUAUGCUGGAGCUUUUGACCGGACGCAGGGCCGUUGACCUCACCCUUGGACCAAAUGAUCAGAAUUUAGUACUACAGGUCAGGCAUAUAUUGAAUGAUAAGAAGAAGCUGCGCAAGGUGAUUGACCCUGAGAUUAACAGGAGCUCAUACACUAUGGAAUCCGUAACCAUGUUUGCUAAUCUAGCCUCUCGUUGUGUGCGAGCCGACAGUAGUGAAAGGCCCUCAAUGGUAGACUGCGUCAAAGAACUGCAGCUGAUCCUCCACACGAAUAUGAAAGGGCUAAGUAUGCCUAUGCAUACAUUCAGAAUGAUCUGAAACCUUCUGACAUUGACAUGGAUGAAGCAAAAUCUAAUCGCAAUAUGCACCAAGAUUGAUUGUUCCAAUUCAAAAGCUACAAUAUCAGCUAAAAGUUUCAAAUGUACAUUGGAAAGAGUAAUGAGUAUGGUAGGAUACUGUAAGCUGUCAAAGUAAUAAAAAGAACAUCCAGAUUCAACCAGAAGAUCACAAGUUUUCUUAAUAAUUUAAUAGAUAGAAAGGGCGACCCUGAGUGAAACAAGGAGGUAUUAAAGAUUAGGAAGACAGUAUUCUUGUGUAUGUCUUAUUAUUUUUCUGGCCAGCCCACCUCUGCUCAAAUACAUUAGUGCAGAGAUCUGAUUAUGCAUG